CGCUUGUGUCGUGUCGUCCGUAUCGGCAGAACUGCCCUCAAACAACGAGCUUCCUUCGCUUUUGCCGGAGGUAAUACCGUCGCCUCGACCACGUUUUUGAGAGGCAGACUCCUCGCGAGCAGACGACCACUGCUCUCGCGGGAACCCUCCAUCAGCUUCCGUGUCUUGCUUUUUGCAUGCUGACCAACUCCUCCACUUAUUUUCCUUCGUUCUGUCUAAAGCACCUCCUCGUCUCUGAGGAACCUUCUGCCUGAGUCUCUUCUCGUGGGCACUGCCACGCAGGCGUAUACCCUUUCGCUUCGCCUCAAAUGAGGGCGGCGGCGCCGGUCCGUUCACCAAGCCUUAUUACGUCAAACGCCGCAGAGUCGAGACCAAUUGUCCUACCUUUUCCCCUAGAGAUUGCUCCUGCGCAUCUUUCUUUUUUUUGACUUUCUCCCAGACUGUCCCUCUCCUGUCUUCUGGGGCUCUUCGUGUUCGCGGAAAGAACCGCGACCUUCGAGAGCCUUCCAGUGUCUCGGCUUCUCCAGUCUCCGGUCACCCUGCCUGGUUUCUCGGCGGCGUGUCGUAGAAUCUUCCCUGAAAUUCUUCCGUCUCCUUCCAGUUCGCCGACGCAAUGGCUGGCUUCUUCCCUCCUCUUUCCUUCGAUCCCGCGGAGACGGUCGAAGAGGCAUUCAUCGCACCUCCUGCCAAUGUGAUGGAGAACAAGGAAAUUCUUGAAGAGGCAGAAAAACGGAUUCUCUACGAGGACUUUGCGAGCGUGGGCAUCAUGCCUGACACGUAUCUUUCUCUCGACGAGCUGCUGAGCCGACUAAGGCGCUCAAGAAAGAGCUACGACGAAGAGAUGAUUCGCCGCAUCUUCUGCGCACUGUCCUCCUACUCGGUGACAGGGACAAACUACCUGUCGGGUCGCACGUUCAUCGAAUCCUACAUGAAACGCCGCCGCGAACUGUCUGCAGUUCUUGAGACAGCGCGCAGCGAACUGGAGAGCGCCGAACGCAUGCUCGAGCAGGCCGAAACGAAUUUGCAGAACGUCGAAAGGAAUCCCGCAGCUGCCAUCGGAGAAGAAAGCAAGCUGACUGUCCAGGUGGUCUCCGUGCAGAAUCUCGACGACGCGUCGGUCGCCUCUCCCGCUGAGGGACUCCUGUACAAAAUUCACUUGGAGUGUCAGCAGCAAGUCAUCGAGACUCAGCCUGCUCCCGUGCGUCAAGGCAGCUGUUACUUGAACGAAAUUUUCUCGUUCGAAGUCAACCAACGCGAGGGAAGCUUGCGACUCUGCCUCGUCCGCGUUGAUCCGUACGGAGGACCCGACGAGCUCGUGGGGGAUUGUGCAGUCUUGCUCGACCAACUCGCAGAUCAGAAAAAGCACGAGAUGACGAAGGAGAUUUGGGGACACAAGGGCGAAAUUCUUCUUUCCUGUCAAUGGAUUUACUCGAAGAAACUGCUAUACAGCACAUAUCUGGGGGAGUUCUCGGUUCGCCGAGAUGUGAAGUUGCGGGAGAUUUCCGACUAUCAGCUCGAAGCAGAUAAGUUGAACCAGCCGUUUGGGACACCCGAGAAGCCGACGCGGGGCUUCUUCGGCGCCUUCGCGGCAGGUCCUGAGCUUCUGUCGAAGCUCCUCGAGCAGCUGCGUGUCUACCUGAAACUCGGCAGCUGGAUGGCGACCACUCAACACAUGGCCGCACUCACGUUCUGCCUCUCCUGCAUCGCUGGCUUUUCGCGCCCAGUCUUCCUUGACCAGAUGAUUGCAGGUUUCACUUUCUGGAACAACAUCGAUCCAAGACGGUGGACGGUCCAUCGCUAUUCUUUCCUCAUGCUAUGCUGCGCGGUAGGAGUGCUCUAUGACGUCUGGUGGAUGCGGAUCUACUUCAGUGCGUGGAACCUCAGCUCUGUGGAAGCAGAUAUUCACAACAUCACCAAAGUUUUCUCCAUUUUCCUCUGCAUCUGGAAGUGUGCCCUCUACAUGCUCUUCUGGAAAAAUCGCCACGAUCUUCAAAAGAAGGUUGUCCACGGAAAUGAGCUUUCGACUGCCACUGGAGCGUACAUGCCUCUCAAAGUUGAAGAUUCAUCAGUCUUGGGUCUUAGCUCUGCACCGAGGAACGCCAGCGCCUCGGCUUAUCUGGCGAAAGGAGGCGAGUGCUGA